AGAGGGGUCGGUGCGGGGGCUCUGCCUCCCCGGGAAGGGGGGCCCGGCCAAGUCCACGCAGGGAGGGGGCAGGCCCUCUUCCCUCCCCCGCGCCUGUGGGGACCCUACGCCUGUGUCCGGAGGAGGCCGGCGUCCAGCAGAUGCACGCGGUGUGGAGGGGGGGCGGGGGAGAGGCGGGGAGGAGAAAACCCACAACAAAACUUGCAUCGCCGAGCUCACGGCUCGACUUGAAUGGAAGGAGCCCGCGCCCGCGGAGCGCAGCGGAGACUCGGGACAGCGCGGACGGCCGGCGGGGCGCGGCGCGGCGCAGGGGCGCAGCAGGUACCAUGGCCCAGAGCAGGGUACUGCUCCUCGUCUUGUUGCUGCCACCGCAGCUGCAGCUGGGACCGGUGGGCACGGCGAGGUCUCCGGGGUUUGGCCGAAGUGGUACCCACAGCCUGAGCCCUGCCGAGAAUGAAUUUGUGGAGGAGGGGCCGGUGUUGGUGCUGAGACCCGAGGAGCCAGGGCCUGGCCCCGUCACCAUCAACUGCCCCCGAGACUGUGCCUGCUCCCAGGAGGGUGUUGUGGACUGCGGUGGCAUUGACCUGCGCGAGUUCCCGGGGGACCUGCCUGAGCACACCAACCACCUGUCCCUGCAGAACAACCAGCUGGAGAAGAUCUACCCCCGGGAGCUCUCCAGGUUACAUCGGCUGGAAACUCUGAACCUCCAGAAUAAUCGCCUGACUUCCCGAGGGCUCCCGGAGGAGGCUUUUGAACAUCUGACCAACCUCAAUUACCUGUACUUGGCCAAUAACAAGCUGACCUUGGCACCCCGGUUCCUGCCAAACACCCUGAUCAGUGUGGACUUCGCUGCCAACUAUCUCACCAAGAUCUACGGGCUCACUUUCGGCCAGAAGCCAAACUUGAGGUCCGUGUACCUGCACAACAACAAGCUGGCGGAUGCCGGGCUGCCGGACAACAUGUUCAACGGCUCUAGCAACGUCGAGAUCCUCAUUCUGUCCAGCAACUUCCUGCGCCAUGUGCCCAAGCACCUGCCGCCUGCCCUCUAUAAGCUGCAUCUCAAGAACAACAAGCUGGAGAAGAUCCCACCAGGUGCCUUCAGUGAGCUGAGCAACCUGCGUGAGCUGUACCUGCAGAACAACUACCUGACUGACGAGGGCUUGGACAACGAAACCUUCUGGAAGCUCUCCAGCCUGGAGUACCUCGAUCUGUCCAGCAACAACCUGUCACGGGUCCCCGCGGGGCUGCCGCGCAGCCUGGUGCUCCUGCACCUGGAGAAGAACGCCAUCCGGAGCGUGGACGCAGACGUGCUGACGCCCAUCCGCAGCCUCGAGUACCUGCUGCUGCACAGCAACCAGCUGCACGCGCGCGGCAUCCACCCUCGGGCGUUCCAGGGCCUGAAGCGGCUGCACACGGUGCACCUGUACAACAACGCGCUGGAGCGCGUGCCCAGUGGCCUGCCCCGCCGCGUGCGCACUCUCAUGAUCCUGCACAACCAGAUCACCGGCAUCGGCCGCGACGACUUCGCCACCACCUACUUCCUGGAGGAGCUCAACCUCAGCUACAACCGCAUCACCAGCCCGCAGGUGCACCGCGAUGCCUUCCGCAAGCUGCGCCUGCUGCGCUCGCUGGACCUGUCCGGUAACCGUCUGCACACCUUGCCACCCGGGCUGCCGCGCAACGUGCAUGUGCUGAAGGUCAAGCGCAAUGAGCUGGCCGCCCUGGCACGCGGGGCGCUGGCCAGCAUGGCCCAGCUGCGUGAGCUCUACCUCACCGGCAACCGGCUGCGCAGCCGGGCCCUGGGCCCCCGGGCCUGGGCCGACUUGGCCCAUCUGCAGCUGCUGGACAUCGCUGGGAAUCAACUCACAGAGAUCCCUGAGGGGCUCCCCGAGUCCCUCGAGUACCUAUACCUGCAGAACAACAAGAUUAGCACCGUGCCCGCCAAUGCCUUCGACUCCACACCCAACCUCAAAGGGGUCUUUCUCAGGUUUAACAAGCUGGCCGUGGGCUCCGUGGUGGAAAGCGCCUUCCGGAGGCUGAAGCACCUGCAGGUCUUGGACAUAGAAGGCAACUUUGAGUUCGGUGACGUGCCCAAGGACCGGGGCCGGCUGGAAGGGGAAGAAGACGAGGAGGACGAGGAGGAUGAGGACGAGGAGGACGAGGGGAGGCGGUGGUGACAGGGCGAACCAAUGUGACACAGAUGUGCUGUGGGACCUUGAUAGGUCACCCAGGCCCUCUCUGGGCCCCCAGCUCCACUCCGUCCUGCUUCCUUCUGAGGCUGUCUUAGUGGAGGAGGGCCACACCAUCUGGCGAGUGAGUUGGUGGCUCCCCUGCCUGUCCCCGCCCCUACAGAGUGGGAGAGCCUGCUACACAGAGUUAUUGAAGGAGUCCUGAAAACCACGAAGCCCUGUGCAGAUGUACAAACAUUUGUAUUGUUGUCAGCAGGACAAACACCCCUCCACUCGAGGGUCCAGGCUCCAGGGCUUCAUCUUCCUUUACUCCCGCUGCUCCUCCCACGAUCCGCCCACCGCCGUGGUGAGUGCUCAGCAAGCAGCCGUUAGAGGAAUCAGUCACCCCCGUACAGAGGAGGAGACCGAGGCCAGAGGCAAGGAGGGCUGGGCAGAAGGCUGCCGGCCCCCGUGAGAAGACCUGGUGCCCCCCGCCGCCCCAGCUCACCCUCUCAGCGGCCAGGCCAGGAGGGAGGCACUGCUCUCACCUCAGUGCCUGUGUCCUGAGCAAAGUCCUUCCGGCAGAUGUGGGCCAUGAUCCCGGCCGCCAGCGCAUCACCCAGCACGUUAAUCAUGGUGCGGAAGCGGUCCCUGGUGAGACAAAGUGGGCAGUGAGCAGCGGGCACUUUUUUUCUGUAGGAGGAGCUGGUGGUGGGUGGUGCUCACCCCAGGCUGGGGCCCGCAGCAAGGUGCCUUUCGGGUCCUCUUGAGCAUACCAGCUCCCCCCACCCCCCGCCACUGGGGGUGACGCCAGAGCAGGUUGAUGCACGGCUGGGUUCCUGGGCACAUGACUGCCCGUGCUUAGAAGGGCCUGGGCUGGGUCUAAGGCUCCGCUCCCACCCUCCGGAAGUUCUUUAUCGGUUUUGAACAGGAGUAGGCACAUUUUCGUUUCUGGACACUGGGCCCCACACAUUAUACCACCGGCUGGGCUGGUGUCCGUGAGCAAGGCACCCCCCUGGGCCAAACCCCGGCAGUUCCCCGGCCCACCCCCCAACCCCCGGCCGGCUGCCUGGCGAACCCCACUCACAGAGCCCAGUCGACAGCGAUGAUGAGGGUGAUGUCGUCAGUGGGCAGUCCCACGGACGUCAGCACGAUGACCAUGGUGACGAGCCCAGCCUGGGGGAUGCCAGCUGCCCCGAUGCUGGCCGCGGUGGCCGUGAUGCUGCAGGGGGGAGGGGCAGGCAGAGCGGGAGGAGAAGCAGGAGGGGCAGGCCUCGCUGCUGGGGCCCUGGCUCCAAGAAGGAAGCCAGAAUGCCAGGGCCUCUGGGGACAGCCAUAUGGGGCAGGGCUUGUCGGGAAAGCCACAUCGGGAAGUUCUCGCGGUGGGGGAGCAUGUGCCUGCUCAAGGUCCUCUGGCCCCAUGGCCUCCAUCCCUGGCCUCAGCAGAAACGCCUGAGGAGUUUGUGGAGAAGCCUGUGCCUGGAGCCACUGCCUCGGUAGGGUUCCAGGAAGCUGACUGGGGAUUCAGGUCGUCCCCCACACAGCCCUGCCCAGCCUGCUUCUGGGGCCUGGUUCCCAGGGCCAGACUUGUGCCCUGGGGCUGGCAUGCAAGGCCUUCCCCACGGCCUCUGCCCCUCACCCCAGCACCUGCCACAGUAGCAGUCCCCCCUCUGUCCCUCGUCUCAGCCCCCGCCUCUGCUCAUCCCGUGCCUGCCUGCAGCCCCCUCGCUGCCCCGCGUGUCCGGACUGCAGGCCCUCCUCUGGGCCUCAGCUUCCCAGCCUGCUGUGCAGGGGGCGCUGGGGAAGGAGCCCUGAGUCACAGACGCCGGGUCACGAUCCGGCCGCAGCCCUGACUUGCUGUGUGGCCUGGAACAAACCUCUUCCCCGAGACCCCAUCACAUCUGGGAGCCCAAGAAUCCUAAAGGCCCUUCCAGUGUCCUCCUCUCCCCACUGCCAAUCCAUACUGGGUAUGCGUGUCAGGUAUGUACCUGAUGGUGAUGAUCUGGCCGAAGUCCAGCUCAUAAUUGUUGACCUGGGCAAUGAAGAUGGCGGCCACAGCCUCGUAGA